AUGGAUUGGUAUGUCCUCAAUUUUGCAUGAGUGUAAUUCUUCUAUUACAUUAUUUCUCGUUUUCCAAAAUAUCUGCUUCCUUUUACAGCUACAGAGUGAUUAAGGAGGUUGGUGAUGGAACCUUUGGUUGUGUCUGGAGAGCAGUAAAUAAGUUCACUGGGGAAGUUGUAUGUAAUUUGGGAUGGAAUUGAUGUUUUCUCUGCAAGGUGAAAAAUUUACUAAUCUGCUUGCUUUUCUAUCUUAGGUUGCAAUUAAGAAAAUGAAGAAGAAAUACUACACUUGGGAGGAGUGUAUGAAUCUCAGAGAAGUGAAGGUUGGUGAAUUUCGUCCUUAAUAUUUCUUGUCUGCUGAACACGAUAAAUGGAACGAAGAACUUGUACUCAUCAUUUUGGUGCUAAUUUUUUACAACAAUUGUCUAUUGUGCAGUCUCUGCGAAUGAUGGAGCAUCCAAAUAUUGUGAAGCUGAAGGAGGUUAUUAGAGAGCAUGACAUUUUGUAUCUUGUGUUUGAGUACAUGGUAUGGCUGUGAUGACAUUAUUCUAUUUACUUUAAUUGCUUAUUUUUUAAAUUUUCAUCUUCGGUGAGGACUGUGACCUUUUUCUUCCAGGAGCUCGAUCUGUACCAACUUAUGAAGGAUCGAACAAAACUUUUUUCUGAGGCUGAAAUCCGGAGUUGGUGCUUUCAAGUAUUUCAUGCUCUUGCGUACAUGCAUCAUCGUGGAUGUUUUCAUCGUGAUCUAAAACCUGGUAAGCUUCAGUAUCUUCUAUGCCUUUGUUGUUAUCUACAAUAUAUCUAUAACGUUGGAUUCUUGCUUUACUAAUUUAGUUUUUUAUAAUUUCCUCGUUAGAAAGCUAGAGUUUUCACCACAUAUUUGAUCUCCCUUCAAUCUUUCUACACUUCUAGGCUUCUCAUUUUCAGUCCAACUUUUUUCUUAAUGGUCUGACCCUAUCAUCAAGUGCUUUUCAUUUUUAGUAAUUUUCCGCUCCACAUGUCCGAAAAACGGGAGUUUCAAUUGACUGGAGAAGUCGCUUUGACCCACUCGGAAUCAUGCAGAUUUUCACCAAUAAUGCCCAGCUGAAGUAGCUUUUAGUCUUGAUGUUGAGUUGAACAUGGCAUAGAUCAGGGUCCAUCUCUGCUGUUUUGUUGUCAGGAGUUUUUCUGGAAUGAUUGAAACUAUUGUUUGAAGUCAAGCCUUCAUCUCACAGGCCAACUCGUUGAAAAGUUCUAUGCAUCCCUAGGCUGAGGAAAACAGGGUUGGUUGAAACCAGCUCGAGGAAAUGAUGUGAUUAUUUAUUUGAUGGAUGUGAUGAGGCAUGCCCCAACUCUUCCUUUUUUGUCUAAGGGAAGAAAAUGAAGUAUUCAAACGUUCAAGACCCCUCUUCCCCUCCCUUUGGGGGUGACUAUCUUGAUUUGAAUUCUGUACACUGAUUCGGAAAAGUCUGUUUGGCUGGGUUGGCCAGGUUAAAUGGUCAAGUCUUCUCUGUUUCGUGUUAACUCUGACUAACUCCACCAUGGUUGGAGUCAGAACUCUUAUCCAGUUUUAGCUCAUUCAUACUCUAAUAUUCAUGGUGUUAUCUGCAGGACAUAAUGCGUUUCUUUCCAUACAACCUCUGUAUAUAUUAUGUUAAUGGGCAAACAAUAUAAGUUUCCUCUUUUUUUCUGUGGGUUACGUAUUUCCUUCACUUAAUCAAUGGUUCGGUUGCUUGGUGAAUUUCAGAAAACUUGCUUGUUACGAAAGACAUUAUCAAAGUAGCAGAUUUUGGACUUGCUCGAGAAGUUUGCUCGAAGCCACCAUAUACAGAAUAUGUCUCCACCCGCUGGUUGGCCAUCCUCUGAUAUUCUUCUUCUAUUUUCCCUUGUGGUUUUCAAUACCAGUUAUUGCAUCUAAGUACUCUAAAUUAUUAUUACCGAAAAUGUAUAUUCUUCAGGUACAGAGCCCCAGAAGUUUUGCUUCAGUCACCUAUAUAUGGCGCUGAAGUUGGUAAUGACAAAUUGUAAUUGAUUAUCACCUGAUAACUGCAUCCAAUGUACAUAUAUUUAAUGUUGUAUUGCAUUUCAUCUGUAGAUAUGUGGGCAAUGGGCGCUAUAAUGGCUGAGUUAUUUACACUUCGUCCACUUUUCCCUGGUUCGAGGUUUGUACCCAUCCAAUUAGUAUGUUAAAUUUCCAUGUUGUACACUUUUAUUGUUGUUGGUAUUUCUUCUUGUUUAGAUUUCUACAUUUGAGUUUUUCCAAUACUUGCUCAUUAUUGUACUAAAAAUAACCUAAAAAAUUAUGCACUUUUACCGAAUGACCGUUUGCACGGUUUUACUGAAUUAUUGUUGUAGCGAGGUCUUCGAGCUCUCACAUCCUGAUGGAAUCCAAAGCGAAUUUCAUUAUGAUUCACGUGACCUUUUCCCUGCAUCAGGUGCUGGGAAUGAUAGGUCCUUACCCAAUCAGGAAAGCCCUAGUCAUGAGCUUUUUGCUCUUUGUUUUCGUUGGUUUCUCUCCCUUCCCACUGCUUGUGGUAUCGGUUUUUCUGGCGUGUCGUCUUGCACAAAUAAGUGGUAUUAUCUGCCGUGAUAGAUUUCUUCCUUUUGACAACACUGGCAGGUUAUCGAUCAUCUUAACUUGCUUUAACUUAAUUCUUCUAUUUUCUCCUUUUUCUGGCUGGGACGCAGUGAAGUGGAUGAGAUUUACAAAAUCUGCAGUGUCAUUGGCUCUCCUAAUCAGAACUCUUGGGCUGAGGGAUUACGUCUGGCAAAUGAGAUGAAGUAUCAGUUUCCACAGGUCAGUUUUGUGGUGAAGUGUAGUUGAGAUUUCUUUACAUGCGAUUGCUAUUGGUUUGCUUAUUUGUUGCCUCUAUUGAGGGCAUUACCAUGUAAUCAAGUUGCUGAUUAUCCGAGUAUAUCAAUAUUGCAAUUUAUGGGUAACAAUUUUAGUAGAUCUCUUUGUUCUUGUAAAUUUAGCUUCCAUCUUUUGCCAAGUGAUUCCAAAAUUUUGUCGAUUCUUGUUUCUUGAAAUGGGAUGCUCAUAAUUAAUUUGAAUGAAAUUUUGGCAAAGCCAGAGAAUUACUUUCUCAGGAUGAUGAGCGAGAAAUAAAUGCGAGCUCUAACUUUUUUUAUAGUUGGCAUUUCUAUCUUUUUCCCUUGCUGGAUGAUGAGAUAUAAUUUUUUAAUGCGUUUUUGAAGGGCUGUUAUCUCUUAAUUACUUCUUUAUGGGGAGAAAUUAUGUAAUCUAUUAGACGUGAAAAGAAAAUAUGUUAUUUAGUUGAAAAAAGAUGACUUAGUUUACCAUUGUAAAGAUAAAGAUGAUUUCUUUAUACCGCCCAGCAGUGCAUGGUAAUCUUCGCGUUUCUGAAAUUAUCAUAUGAAACUAUCCUGCAUACUCUCAGAUUCUUACAUGCGAAUCAAUUGUUUUUGGGCAAUCAUCAAUCUCCAAUGAUGAAACUGUCUCCCUGCAUCCCUUAGUCAUGUCUCUCCUGUUCGGUUCUUUGUUGAACUCUCCGCACGCCAUUCGAAUCUGAUGCCCCUCACAUUCGACUCUGCAGUCCUCAGGUGUUCCUCUAUCAGCGCUAAUCCCAUCAGCCAGUGAGGAUGCCGUCAGCCUCAUCACAGUGAGCAACACAACUUAUUUAUAUUUUAUAUUAAGAGUUCGGAAACCCAUUUUCAUUGAGAUAUUCCUUAACCGCCCUCUGCGUACAGAUACUCUGUUCCUGGGAUCCUCGCAGGCGGCCGAGUGCUGCAGAGGCCCUGCAGCAUCCUUUCUUCCAGGUGACUCUUCUCCCAUCAUCCCUCAUCUAGCCUGGAGGUUAGGGUUUCCUCUGAAUCCUAAAGAAAGGAUUUCUUAUGCAGCCUUGCCACUAUUACGUCCCACCUUCGCUUCGUCCGAGGGCGACUGGGACAACGCACCACACUUCUCCGUCUGGUCUGUUUCUGUGGACCUGACACUAGUCUUUGGGUAUCUUUUUACGAAGAAAACUAUCUGCGUUGGUACCUGAAAGUCGCGAUGUUUAUUCUCAGUUGGAACGAAGGAAGCAGUGGAGCAGCGGAAUGCUGGGCGGAGGUAUUCCCUGGGAGCUCUCUCUGCGAAUUAUACUUGCGCUAUACCCAUCGUGAAGCCGGCGAUUAACUUCACCAAGGCGAACACUUCCUUACAGGCGGGUGAGUAGAGCUGCUCCCUUUCCGCUCACUGGCAUAUCCUUAAGAGAGAUUAAAGUAAUUGAUUCAUGCUCUUGCACAGGUGUCCAGAGAAAGCUGGAGAUGGAUUAUCAGGUUUGGGGUUACGAUUUAAACAGAGAAUAAUGGCGGGUUGGAGACAUUGACGUCAGUUUCUGACUCUUCAUCUCUCACUCUCUCUGUCUAACACUGCAGGGGACGGAGAAAAACAACGAAAAGACUGCUAAGACCCGUGCGCAGCGGCCACAGCCCCGAUAUCAGCCACCUCUGAGAAACAACAAUCCAGGCCAGUGCCUACCGUCAUCGCUGAUCUUUUGACCUACUCGCUCGCCGAUGAUGCCUUCUUGUGACGCCGCUGCUCCUCUCCUGCAGGUUCUGCUCACCCGAGGCGACCUCCGGUCAGGGUAUCGGAGGCUGCUUCUAAGCUGGGUCAGAUGACGCUCGGCGGCCCAGCUCCCCGCCCACCGCAGGCCGAGUGGCGGCAGCAGGAGGUGCCCCCUCCGAUGAAGGCGGGGGGCUGGCACGGCCAGCCGGACCUCCUCGGUCGGCCUCAUGAGAUCCCGGCCGCUGCGAGGACCGCCCCCCGGAAGGUUGUCAGCUGA